UCUAAAGCAGCAGGCUGGAAGGAAGGAGUGAGGGAGGGACCGGAGCCUUUGAAGGAGGAGCUGCGAGCUGGGCUGUGGCGACGGGAGGAGGCGGAGCGGCCCAGGCGAGGCCACGUUUUGUUUUGUUAUUUUCCAUCCGAGUAGUUCUCGCAGGCCCUUCUCAAGGACUGAGCGCACCGAAGGCCAGCAGCCCGACCUUCCAGGUGACAGCCGGUCACCCUGGUAGGCGUCAGCUCCGCCCCAGCCAGCCCCCUCCCGCCCACUAGCCCCAUUCCCCGCCCAGCUCCCGUGCCUGCCCGGGGCGAGCGCGUUGGCCGCAGCGGUUCUGCAGCAGCCCGAGCAGGCGGCGGAGACGGCGGUGCGGGGCCCUCGGUGUUAGCCUCCGACCGAACCGAACCGCGGCGGAGGCAGGGGUGGGGUGGGGUGGGGUGGGGUGCGUGGAAGUUCGCUCCGCAGGCGCGAGCCCGGGAAAGAAAGAUGUCGAUUUAACCCGCCCUCUCCUGCCAGUCCCGCAGCCGGGCGCUCCCACGGUGCCCAGCGCCGGAGCCUCCCAGCCUCGCCCGGGGAAGUGCCGCAUGGGGCAGGGCCUGUGAAGCGCGGAGUUCGGGGUCGCACCGAGCGGAGGUGGGGGCAGCACUUGGCACAGUCUCGGCGGCACCCGCCCGCCCUCAGCGCGGGAGUUGAGGAAGCGACGCGCUUGCCCCGCCGCCUCGGUGCCCUCGGAGGCGCGAGUUAUGGAGCCCCCCAGCUGUAUUCAGGACGAGCCGUUCCCGCACCCCCUGGAGCCCGAUCCGGACACCCCAGUGCAGCCGGGCCCUGGGAAGCGAUUCCGGCUGUGGUACGUUGGGGGGUCGUGCCUGGACCGCAGGACCACGCUGCCCAUGCUCCCCUGGCUCAUGGCCGAGAUUCGCCGGCGCAGCCAGAAGCCUGAGGCGGGCGGCUGCGGGGCCCCGGCGGCUCGCGAGGUUGUUCUGGUGCUCAGCGCGCCCUUCCUGCGCUGCAUCCCCGCGGCGGGCGCCGGGGCGGCGGGGGGCGUGGGCCCCGCGGCCGCGCAGCCCAACCCCGGCGUGUUCAUCUUCGAGCACAAGGCGCAGCACAUCUCUCGCUUCAUCCACAACAGCCACGACCUCACCUACUUCGCCUACCUGAUCAAGGCGCAGCCUGAUGACCCCGAGUCGCAGAUGGCCUGCCACGUUUUUCGCGCCACGGACCACAACCAGGUACCAGAUGUAAUCAGCAGCAUAAGGCAGUUAUCUAAAGCUGCCAUGAAAGAAGAUGCCAAAGCCAGCAAAGACAACGAGGAUGCCUUUUACAACUCUCAGAAGUUCGAGGUCCUGUACUGCGGGAAGGUGACGGUAACCUACAAGAAGGCCCCGUCCAGCCUCAUCGACGACUGCAUUGAGAAGUUCUCGCUGCACGAACAGCAGCGCCUGCGCAUCCAGGGUGGGCAGCGCAGCACAGAUGCUGGCUAUGAGCUGGGGGUGUUCGAGGCCGAGGUGCCCUCCUCACCCGCAGACAUCCUGCUGGAGGAAGCGGGUGGCAUGACCAAAACCCACCCUGCUUUACCGGCUGUCGCCAGCCAGCCUGUGCUGUCCAGCUCUCGGCUGUGUUUCCCUGAGCGGAUUUUGGAAGAUUGUGGUUUUGAUGAACAGCAGGAGUUCCGGUCUCGGUGCAGCAGCGUCACGGGAGUCGUGCAAAACAAAGUUCAUGAGAGCUGCCAAAAGCCACAGCCCCGAAGGAGACAUGCCAGCGCUCCCAGCCAUGUACAGCCCUCGGAUUCGGAGAAGAACAGAACAAUGCUGUUUCAGGUUGGACGCUUUGAAAUAAACCUUAUCAGUCCAGACACUAAGUCAGUUGUGUUGGAAAAGAACUUUAAAGAUAUCUCUUCUUGUUCUCAGGGUAUAAAGCACGUAGAUCACUUUGGCUUUAUCUGUCGGGAGUCUCCAGAGCCUGGGCUGAACCAGUAUAUCUGUUAUGUGUUCCAGUGUGCCAGCGAGUCCUUGGUUGAUGAGGUAAUGCUAACUUUGAAGCAGGCAUUCAGUACAGCUGCUGCCCUGCAGAGUGCCAAGACCCAGGUUAAGCUGUGCGAGGCCUGCCCAAUGCACUCUUUACAUAAGCUCUGUGAACGCAUUGAAGGUCUCUAUCCCCCCAGAGCCAAGCUGGUGAUACAGAGGCAUCUUUCAUCGCUGACAGAUAAUGAACAAGCAGACAUCUUUGAACGAGUACAGAAAAUGAAGCCAAUCAGUGACCAAGAGGAAAAUGAACUCGUUAUUUUACAUCUGAGGCAACUGUGUGAAGCCAAGCAGAAGACACACGUUCACAUUGGAGAAGGCCCAUUGACCUUUUCAAAUAGUACAAUUCCAGAAAAUGCAUCAAGUAGUGGAAGGUUCAAACUUGACAUUCUUAAAAAUAAAGCAAAAAGGUCCUUAACUAGCUCUCUGGAAAAUAUCUUCUCACGGGGAGCUAAUAGGAUGAGAGGUCGGCUUGGAAGUAUGGACAGCUUUGAAAGGUCCAACAGUCUUGCUUCAGAGAAGGAUUACUCACCAGGAGAUUCUCCCCCAGGAACACCCCCAGCCUCUCCCUUGUCCUCAGCUUGGCAUACGUUCCCUGAAGAGGAUUCUGACUCCCCACAGUUUCGAAGAAGGGCACACACGUUCAGCCACCCACCUUCCAGCACCAAGAGAAAGUUGAAUUUGCACGAAGGGAAGGCACAUGGCAUUCGCUCCCCUCUUCUGAGGCAGAGCUCCAGUGAACAAUGCAGCAUUCUUCCAUCAGUUCGGCGCAUGCACAAGGAGACUAAUUCUUCCUCCAGUCUUCCAAGUCUUCACACUUCCUUCUCUGCCCCUUCCUUCACUGCCCCCUCUUUCCUGAAAAGCUUUUACCAGAAUUCAGGUAGACUGUCCCCACAAUAUGAAAAUGAAAUCAGUGAUGGAGAGGGGAGAAAAAGGACUUCAUCUACUUGCAGCAAUGAUUCCCUAAACAUUGGAGGAACUCCUGUCACUCCUUGCCGAAUCUCCUGGCGGCAGCGCAUUUUCCUCAGGGUUGCUUCUCCCUUGAACAAAUCUCCCUCAGCAAUGCAGCGGCAGGAUGGCCUGGACAGGAAUGAGCUGCUGCCACUGUCCCCUCUUGCUCCAACCAUGGAGGAGGAACCACUGGUUAUAUUCACAUCUGGUGAAGAUGACCCCGAAAAAGUUGAAGGAGAUAAAAAAUCAGAAGAACUGAGGUGUUUGUGGAGAAAAGCUAUACACCAACAAAUCUUGUUACUUCGGAUGGAAAAAGAAAACCAGAAACUUGAAGCAAGCAGAGAUGAACUCCAAUCUAGAAAGGUUAAAUUGGACUAUGAAGAAGUUGGUGUAUGUCAGAAGGAGGUCUUGAUAACCUGGGACAAGAAAUUACUAAACUGCAGAGCUAAAAUUAGAUGUGAUAUGGAAGAUAUCCAUACAUGUCUUAAAGAAGGUGUUCCUAAAAGUCGGCGAGGAGAAAUUUGGCAGUUCCUGGCUUUACAAUACCGUCUAAGGCACAGACUGCCUAAUAAGCAACAACCCCCUGAUAUAUCCUAUAAAGAACUUUUAAAGCAGCUCACUGCUCAGCAGCAUGCUAUUCUUGUGGAUUUAGGAAGGACAUUUCCCACUCAUCCUUACUUUUCAGCACAGCUUGGGGCAGGGCAGCUGUCACUCUUUAACCUCUUAAAAGCCUACUCCUUGCUGGACAAAGAAGUGGGUUACUGUCAGGGGAUCAGCUUUGUGGCGGGAGUCCUGCUUCUGCACAUGAGUGAAGAGCAAGCCUUCGAAAUGCUGAAAUUCCUCAUGUAUGACCUAGGCUUCCGCAAACAGUACAGACCAGACAUGAUGUCACUACAGAUUCAAAUGUACCAGCUGUCCAGGCUUCUUCAUGACUAUCACAGAGAUCUCUACAAUCAUCUUGAAGAAAAUGAAAUCAGCCCCAGUCUUUAUGCUGCCCCAUGGUUCCUCACAUUGUUUGCCUCUCAGUUUCCAUUAGGAUUUGUAGCCAGAGUUUUUGAUAUAAUCUUUCUUCAGGGAACUGAAGUUAUAUUUAAGGUGGCACUCAGCCUACUGAGCAAUCAAGAGACACUUAUAAUGGAAUGUGAAAGCUUCGAAAACAUUGUUGAAUUUCUUAAGAGCACACUACUUGAUAUGAAUACAUCUGAAAUGGAAAAAAUUAUUACUCAGGUUUUUGAGAUGGACAUUUCUAAGCAGUUGCAUGCCUAUGAGGUAGAGUAUCAUGUGCUGCAAGAUGAACUUCAGGAAUCUUCAUAUGCCUAUGAGGAGAGUGAACCUUUGGAGAAGCUGGAGAGGGCUAAUAGCCAUUUGAAAAGACAAAACAUGGACCUCCUAGAAAAAUUGCAGAUAGCUCAUGCUAAAAUCCAGAACUUGGAAUCCAGCGUGGAAAAUCUUUUGACCAGAGAAACCAAAAUGAAAUCUUUAAUUCGAACUCUGGAGCAAGAGAAAAUGGCUUAUCAAAAGACAGUGGAGCAAAUCCGGAAGUUGCUGCCAGCGGAUGCUCUAGUCAAUUGCGAAUUACUGCUCAAAGACCUCAACUGCAAUCCUAACAACAAAGCCAAGACAGGAAUCAAGCCAUAACUGAUGAAGCGCUGUCUCAACAGGAAAUGAAUGCCGCAGGAGGAGAGAGUAGGCAUUCUGCUGGCCCUGUGCCAUAUCCUAGAGCCCACAGAACCACUUAUCUCUGGUGCUGAGCCUGUGGCCUGUAGGAUUCACUGUUGUUAGAGUGUGCUAGCCCUAAGCCAUUGUACAUAUGUGGGCUGACUUUUAGAAUGGUGGUCCUUAUUGACUAUGUACAUAUAUAUAUAUAUAUACAUAUGUAAUUGACUUAAAACUAUGAUAAAAAGAUAAAAAGAAUAAAUGUACAUUUAAAGCAUUUUUCUAAAUCAACUUCAUGAAAGACACCAAAGUGAAGUUCCCCUUGGCCACAUGUGAAAUCAUUUUGUCUUUGUAGUGAUACAAAGUUAGAGCAUUUUUGUAUAUUGAAAUAUACUUGAAAAAAGUGAAUGUAAUUUUUUUCUCCAAAGAGCAGCAUGUUUCAUCCAGUGAAACAUGUAAGAGGCAGAAUCUUUUUGUGUGACUUUGUGUAUAUCUUUUUGAAAAUGGACUGACAUUACACAGAUGAGGAAAAUGACUGUCAGUCACUCACCUCUGGUUUUAUCAGGAAAAGGACAGAGUGGGACCCUCCUCUCCUGCCUGCAUUGUGCCAAAUAGUAUGUGGUGUCUACAUGCCUUUGAGUUUGGUUAGGCCUUGCUUUAGACAAAUGUAAGAAGAAAGCAAAGGAUCAUGACUACAUCUAUCUACUCAGAUCAAGAUAAACAAGAACAUUGCUAAUUUUCUAGCACAUUUGACAAGCAUUGUUUCUCCAACUAAGAAUUGUAGGCCUCAGCAUUUUAAUUUAGGGCCUAAAUUGUCUAGCUAGCUUUCUGUUCAUUUAAAUUAUUCCUACCACUGUAACCAGACUCUUCUUUACUUGGUACCACAGUUAGUGACAAAGUUUUGCCAUUUCUCCCAUCAAAAUGUGCAGCCUUUUAGUUUAGACCUCUUUCUACCUUCAGUGAAGGAUAAGAAGAAUAUGAUGAAGAAAUUAUGAUUUAAGGAUAAAAAAGUUAGGACUGGUUUUCUAAAGAUAUGCUGUGAUUUUUGUUGGUUUUUAGCUAGUUGACAGAAAUCUCUUAAUCAUUUUAACCAUCUUCCCCCUCCCUUGUGAAAAUUUUUGAGAACUGUGAAAUAUUGAACAAUAUACUAUCAAAACUCACUGAAGAGAAGGAAAAAAAAAUAGCUCAAAGCCCUAAAAGCUACAGUUUUGGAUAUGGGUUUCCAAAUUUCUCAUCCUACAGAUAGCCAACAAGAAAGAGGACAGCCAUUCCUACUUGUUGCAUAGAGAAAAGUGACUUCAGAGUCCGCAGGCAAUUCUCCAUUUUAGAGAUGGUUCUAUGAUUGCGCCUCUGAACACGGAUGCAACAUUUUUUGGUUUCCAAGCAAUGUUUAUCACCACUACUUUUUUUUUUACAGUACUUAUAUUACCACAGAUGAAAUCCCUAGGGUCAUUUUCUUCACAGGUAGUCUGUCAGGUACAAACUAAAAUUAACUGGAGUAGAAGAAUACAGUUCUAAAUGUUUCUGAACACUUUGAUAUACACGCCAGAAUCAUCAGCACCCUCCUUCUGCAACAUUACUCAGUGUAACUCUAAUAACUCUCAUUAUGAACCAGCAUGCUCUCUAACCCAGGCAGUAUUUUAAAAGACAGUGAAUUCUUAUUAGUAAAGGUAAUGCAACUUCUAGGUUCUAGAAAUUAAUGACUCUAGGUAACUAUUUAUUUGGAGACACAUUGCUUAGAGUUUCUGAAAAUUUCAUUAUUUGUAGGAGAGAGUUUUUGUUUUUGUUUUCUACCAGUUAUAUGACAGGUGUCAUUGUGAUACUGUGUGGUGAUGAGAAUUACUUUACUUGUGUAAUUACCACAUAAGUAACUACGUAACUGUUUGUGUAAGUUAAACCUGGAAGGCAAACAAUCUUCAAUUUGGGGAAAGAAUCUUUUCUGUUGCUCACUUUAAGUAAAUCUUAUUCUUACAUAUCUUAUGGGUAUUCAAAGUCACUAUGAUGGGUUGUACUAUAGUGUUCAGAGAUUAAGUUCACUUGAGUAGAUUAAUUUAAAAGUGAGUUUUCUUUUGCACUUAUGAUUUACAAAUGUCACAUCAGUUAUACUUCAUGCAGCUACAUCUUCAGAGUAAUGUAUUAUUUAGUUCGUUUCCAAUAAACACAUCAGCGCAUCUUC